AUAAUGUAGACUGGCUGAGCAGGGGGCAAAGUGACAGCAUGAGUGUGUGUGUUGUGUGAGAGGGAAAGAGAGAGCAGAGGAGAGAGAGAGGGAGAGAGAGAGUGGGAUAUCUGUGUGUAUAUUUCUCUCUCUUUCUUUCUUUCUGCAUGUGUGUAUGUGUGCAGAGAACAUAUGUGGCACAGCCCACAUGGAGGAGAACAUGUAAGGAAAAAGCCUGGUUUUCCUGUGUGGACGAGCAGCCUGGAGAGUCUGAUUGGACUCUUAAAAACUCUUUUUCUCUUUUCACGUUUUUCAAGUCGGAUUUUCGUCUUUUGUUUUUAAAAUAAGAGGAAUAUGCUUUAUGUGGAGUUUUAUCCAGAGGAAUACUUCACUCCCCUCUGAGCUUUAAUCACACACUCACACAUAGUCCUCUGCUCCAUGUAGCGCUUGUGUGGGCAAGGGGGCCUACCUGGAUUACUCUGAGUGUACAUGUUUGUGGGACGGACUCACAGAAGACGGGAGAGACUGAAAGAGAGGAUAAAGUGAAGAAGAGCACAGCGGGAAGAUGUACCUGUAUAAAGCAACAUGCCCAGACAUCCCCAACCCGAAGCAGAAAGGGCCCAGGGGUCAGGGAGGAGGUCAGGGUGGGGUCCAGACCCAAGGCCCGGGGCAGGGGAGGCUCGCCAGGCAGACGUCCAUGGGGACAGGGCCGCGAGCCUAUGCCCCUUUGAUCUGGACGGCAAACAAAGCCAACAGUGUGGUGGAGCUCAAACAGCUGGAGGAGUUUCUCAACUUCCACUCAUUGUCGCUGCACGACACGGUCAAGAGCCAGACAGGCAUGCUGUACAGGAACCUUGGGAAGUCAGGACUCAGAGUAUCUUGCUUAGGACUGGGUACAUGGGUGACAUUUGGGGGACAGAUAACAGACGAGGUUGCAGAGCAGCUAAUGACUAUAGCCUAUGAGAGUGGAGUCAACCUGUUCGACACAGCUGAGGUCUACGCGGGCGGCAGGGCCGAAAUCAUUCUAGGAAACAUUAUCAAGAAGAAAUGCUGGAGGAGAUCCAGCUUGGUCAUUACAACCAAACUCUACUGGGGAGGAAAAGCAGAGACAGAGAGAGGACUGUCAAGGAAACACAUUAUUGAAGGUCUAAAAGGCUCCCUACAACGGAUGCAGUUGGAGUAUGUCGAUGUAGUGUUUGCCAACCGCCCUGACAGCAAUACUCCCAUGGAGGAGAUUGUUCGGGCCAUGACCUAUGUGAUCAACCAAGGCAUGGCGAUGUACUGGGGGACGUCUCGGUGGACGGCCAUGGAGAUCAUGGAGGCGUAUUCAGUGGCAAGACAGUUUAAUCUGAUCCCUCCAGUGUGUGAGCAGGCAGAGUAUCAUCUCUUCCAGAGGGAGAAAGUAGAAGUUCAACUGCCUGAACUUUACCACAAGAUAGGAGUGGGGGCGAUGACGUGGUCGCCGCUGGCGUGCGGCAUCAUCACAGGGAAAUAUGAAAAUGGCAUUCCUGAAUCUUCCAGGGCCUCCAUGAAGUCGUAUCAGUGGUUAAAGGAGAAAAUAGUAAGUGAGGAUGGAAGGAAACAACAAGCCAAGCUGAAAGAGCUCAACCACAUUGCAGAGAAGCUGGGCUGCACUCUGCCACAGUUGGCUGUGGCGUGGUGUCUAAGAAAUGAAGGAGUGAGCUCAGUUCUUCUGGGAACAUCCAACCCUGAACAGCUCACUGAAAACCUCGGAGCCAUACAGGUCCUUCCUAAGAUGACGUCUCAUGUAGUGUCUGAAAUCGAUCACAUCCUGGGCAACAGACCGUACAGCAAGAAGGACUACCGCUCUUAGAACAGGCUGGUUGGACUACCGAGAGGUCAGCCCUACCUGCUUGCCUAACAACUUAACCAUACUGCUACCAUGGAUCCACCGUUCAAUGUUGAAGUCCAUGGUUCUCUCCUUGGGCCCCACUCAACUCCAGCCCACUUCAGCCUGGAACAGACAGCCUCGCUAAGCCCAGCACUGCAUACUGUAACCUUAUCUGUUGGAGACGAGUCCCUCUUAGAUCAGCUCUACCAGGUUCAUCUCAGGUUCAGUCCGGCUCAGCUAAGCGGCGCUUACCAAACUCAGCUUUUUGCAGCCUCAAACGCAAGUUAGUCCAUCUGAGUAAAUUAAAACUUUGUGCCCCCUAAACAAGGUGUUAACCUGUUGAGCACCGGCCCAUUCAGAUAUAACUAUGCAGAGCUUAGUCUUGCCCAUGUUACAGUUCAUAUCUGGUUCAAGUCCAUCCAGGGCUCUCUCAUUAAGAAAUUCAUUAUUUAUUAAAUUCAACUUCUAUUAGAUGGCAAGAUAUGCUAGAACAGCUCGUAGUAGUUAGUGAUACACACUCACACAAUGUUACACAUUUACAGUCGGGAUUUGAGCAGUGCACGAUGAAAAGCACUGCAGGAGUAACUGAAGUAAAAGGGCCUUGCUCAAGGGUAGCUUGAUAGUAGUAGUUUGUUACUUAUUCACCUGACCUACUCAACAUCCUCCCAGCUCGGCCGGUGACUUAGACCCUCGACUCUCAAGCCUUCGUCUCUAAUGUCCAGACUUCCACCCACAAGUAAUUUAAUUUGAGCACAAAAUUCAGAUUGAGCACAUAUUUUGUUCAUGAGAAUUACAGCUGAAUACAUGAGAGCAAGCACCUUAGACUUAUAAAUUAGAGGGACGUUAGGAAAGGGGACAUGAAGAAGCUUCAGUUGCAUGAACGUCCCCAGUCAGUUUGUGCUUUCAUUAAAUUGCUAUGCAGUGCAGCAAACAAAAUUACCAUACGAGCUCAAUACUCUCACCUCUUGUGCCAGAGGUGAACGCUCGAGUCGUGGGAUAAAAUGUCUUGGUUAUUUUCCCAUGAAAUGUGAGGUUUAGCAAUGAAAAAGAGCUUUAUGAAUGAGGCCUCAACAAGCCAGUUCCCUAUUAGCUUGAAUUAGCUUUCAACUACCUACCAAAUGUACUCAGUCCCAUAUUUACUAUAGUACAGAAUAGUAUUCAGUAGAUAUUACAGGCUGCAGACCCUGAGUGUAUUAACCGACCGAUGCAUGUUUCCCCUCGCUAUAGUGUGCCUCUUUUUUCUUUCCUACAAAGCACAUAACUGAACAACAGAAAGGAGUUUGAGCAGAAAUGCUGUGAGCUUGUUUACUGUCCGUGACCGCCCGUGAAGCAGAGGAACACCAGUUGUCAGUGGGAUUAGGACACUGUUAAGGGAGAGAGUGAAGCAUGUCGCCCCCGUGUGGUAUUUUUGCGGAACUGCUGCUCUGCUUCACUAGAUUAUAGAAGAGAGAAAAAUAAUGCUUUGCAAAAAAAAAGAAAGUGGACUACUUCUCUCUCAGUUUGCAUUCAAUAUGGAGACGUUUGACUCCUUUUUUGCCUGUGAACUGAACCUGCAUUGCUGAUUGCCUCGAUGAACCUUGCAGAAAAGGAAGUAUGUAAAAGGAUGACUGACCUCCUGGCUUGUCAUGGUUAUAAUAACUGCAAAAAUUGCUUGUUAAUGGCACAAAGAGGCAAGGUAUUUGGGAUGUGGCAAAGAUUACUGUAUUUAUUUUAGAGUAGUUAAUAAAUAUGAAAUUUAUUUUGACAUUUUGAGAUUUUGUUUCGGAGAAUAAUUGCGGAUUAUGUACAUAAAGUGUUAAGGCAUACCUUGUAACAUAGGCAAAACCACAAAGCAGCCUCUCUUGCAUAUGAGGACUUCACUGUACUGUAUGGCUAAUAUAUAAAUAAGAUGUAAAUAGAGUUAUUUUGUUGCUCCUCUGCAGUAUCACUGCGUCAGUUGCAGUGUUUUGAGUCACUCUUCAUCCUCCUCCUGUCUGACUUUACACUGUCACAGUAUCCAUUUCUGUCUCCUGAAGAAUAUUUUAAUAGAACUAUUUAAAAGGAGUACGGGUCAAUUUUGUUUAUUGUUUUUGCAUUGUGACGUCAGAUUUCAAAAUCUGUAUCAGUAAUGGCAUUAUUAAAAGAAUGGGCCUCUGUAAGUCACGAGCUUCUGUUCAGACUUGAGCACCGACCUUGAGUGGCUGUGUCUGACCGGUUGGCUCAGCUCUCACAGUUCACGGUUGUCGCCCUUUAUGCGUCGUUGUUCUUCUUAUUCUUUUUCAUCUGGAAAACAAGCCAUCACAGAGAUCAGCAGAAAUGUUGGCCAGGUCCCAGCUGAGUCACUGCCCUGUCUUCAGUGUACAUUUGUUGACUUGUAGCACAAACGCCCUCCAGAUUUUAAUCAAAGGAAGUUUUCAGUCUGUGUAGCCGUUUGCCAGAAAUGCUGUUACACAUAUUGGGAUGGAGCAUCAAUAAGCAGCGUUUGGCUCACGGUGUAUUUUAAGAUGUCCGGCUGUGGAAAAUUAAUAGACUUCCUUGUGACUUUUUGCAUUGACUUUGUGUUAAAUGCAAUGGAAGGUGACCUGACCUCCACUUAGUCAUAAUUUCAAUGUAAACAACCACCCAUUUACUAACAAGAAAACCUCUAUAAAAGCAAAUUUUCUCAUAAAAAAGACAUUUGAUCACAAUGUGAUCAAUAAUGAGUAAUGUGAGUAAUAUGUGAUCUAUUCAAUAAUAGAAUAGUAAUUGGUAAUCAGUUAAAUUAGUAUAAUUUCCUUUACUUAAAAUCUACUGUACUUUUGGUUUGUGUGCAAAUCAACAAGUUAGUUAGUUUGAGUCAGUGACCAUGUUGGACCACGGCCUGCCGGUGUGUGUGGAGACUUCUCCUCCCGACAGAGUGCCUUGAUUUGUGACUUAUCCCGCUACAGGAAAAAACUUCAGGGAUGUCUUUCAUUACGAGUUGUUAAAUGGUGUUUGGAUGCUGUCCUACAAACAAAGUGAGAAUAGAACAAUAUGUAUGCAGAUUCUCGUAUUAUUGGAUUGUGUAAUCUACAGUAUAAUAUCUAUUACUUAAAAAAAAAAGCAGCAGCAAGACCCUCACAACACAGAUUGUGUAGAGGUAACUUUUGGGAAAUUGAGUCUAAUGAAGUAUAUCAUUCCUGGAAUCAUGUCCAAACAGCUUGUGUAUGGCAACAGCUUUGUUCCAUCUUGGCCUUUAUUUAGGCUGUUUUUCUCAACAUUAAUCUUAAGUCACUCUGUGAUAAGGUAAGUGAUUUCUUUAAUACUGUGUUUCCGAUGCAGCAGCACACAGUAUCUUGUCUUUCAACCAGCCGUUUGCUUCAUGAAGCAUCAGUUUGUCUUCACAAAGGGGCAGUGUCUCACCAGCUCCACUCGCUCUCAAACAAACCCUCUACUGCUAUCUGUAGAGAGUUUGUGUGCAAUAGUGAAAUAUCAUGUAAUGCAUUGAUACAGUGAUAAUUGAGGCCAAAAUCUGCUGUUGUUUUGAGAGACUAGUGGCUGCUGGCAUUAUCUUCACACGCUGGGAAAUACAUCUGAAGGACCAAAUGGAACAAAGCUAGAAACACACAUUUUUAUCCCUGAUUCAGAUAACUGGAAAAAAAAUCCUGCAACGUGACAUGUUUAACGUAAUGUUUCCUGUUCUGGUAUGAAGCCAACCUACAUCAGUUCUGAUCAGUGUUGUUUUCUACAACAUGUACAUUUGUGGAUGGAAAAGACUCGAUAUUGAGUUCAGCUUUUUUUUUUUUUUUGUUAAGGUGACAUGCAAACCAUCAGUGUAUUAUUUCUCUCCUGAACAGUGGUUUCUCUGUAAAUAGUCUAUAUGAAAGUGUGAUUAUAAAUAAAUGCAAUGCCAAUGGAAACAACA